AUGCGGUCCAAAUCCUCGAUCGGGGCCUUUGUUGCCGCCAGUUUCUUGGGCCAAUCUUUUGCCCAAGCUCCCGAGUAUGGAGACAGUGGUGGCAAUCCUACCCAGGGCUCAGAGCUUAAUACAUACGGUGGCUCCUCGGCCACUUCAACUUGUGGUGCUGAGAAAACUACCACUGUUUUCGUCACAGUUCCCACUGGUUCUGGCAACCCCUCAGAGAGCCACAUCGGCGAUCAAAACCCUGGUCAUUCAGAGCACACCGUGACGCGAAUUCUUCAGUCUACUGUAUUCGUAUCUGAUGGAAUUCCCCAUUCAAGUUCUGGUCCCUUUCUCUCUGCCGGCCCCCCUUCUCAAUCUACUCUCUCAUCUGCACCCAGCAUAAGCGGCUCUGGUAUCAAGCCCUUCACCACUAUUACCAUUGACAUUUGGGGCACCGGGUCUGAUCCUGCGCAUGGCUCUAAUACGCCUAGCACCGGGUCUGCCACUGAUUUUCAACCCACUGCUUCCACGCAAGGGGACUCCGCUACUUCUACUUCUCCUCCUGAGUUGACAUCUCAAACUGAUUCUGCUACCAACCCCUGGUCCACGGUAACUGUUGUUGGUAGUGGAGCUACUCACCGGACUUCACUCUCUACACAAGCUAGUGAAGGCGUUUCGACUCUCUCAGGCACAGAUGCAGCACAGACUUCUGCCCCCACCGCAUAUGACAGUUCUUAUCCUGGAACUGAGAAUCCUGCGCCCACCGUGGUCACUGAUACAGAUGUGUAUUGGACAAUUGGUGCAGAUGGGCCGACCCAAGUCACCGUGCUCUCCUCAUACACUCUCACUACGGAUGAACCUUCCAUCUCAGCACCGGACGCCUCCACAACCGGUGAUACUCUACCGGGAGGAAGGGUUACUGUCACUGGCGCUGACGGAAAGCCUACUGUGAUAAUCAAUGCGAGCACAAUUUCUGAGGGUGAUGGCUCUGAACCAACAGCCACCGAAAGCUCAAUUCCGCUACCUGGUAACACUCUCCCUGGAGGAAAGACCACUGUCACUGGUGCUGAUGGAAAGCCUACUGUGAUCAUCAAUGCGAGCACCAUCUCUGAAGGCGAUGGUCCUGAACCAACAGCCACUGAAAGCUCAAUUCCGCUACCUGGUAACACCCUGCCUGGAGGAAAGACCACUGUCACUGGUGUUGAUGGAAAGCCUACUGUGAUCAUCAAUGCCAGCACCAUUUCUGAAGGCGAUGGCCCUGAGCCAACGGCCGCCGAAAGCUCCCUUCCGCUACCUGGUAACACUCUGCCUGGAGGAAAGAUCACCGUCACUGGUUCCGAUGGAAAGCCUACAGUGAUAAUCAAUGGAGGUGACACCUCUGGAGCCGUGGGCCCAACACCAACAGCCGCCCAACCCUCUUCUAUCCUUGAUAACAACCUCCCAGGAGGAAGGGUCACAAUAACCGGUGCUGAUGGAAAGCCUACUGUCAUCAUCAAUGGAGCCGAUACCUCUGGAGCCGUGGGCCCAACACUAACAGCCGCCCAACCCUCUUCAAUACUCGACAACAACUUCCCAGGAGGAAGGGUCACAAUAACCGGUGCUGAUGGAGAGCCAACCGUGAUCAUCAAUGGAGGUGGCAUCUCUGGUGGUGUUGGACCAGAACCUACAGCCGACCAAACCUUAACGGUACCUGGAAACGCUCUACCAGGAGGAAGGAUCACCAUCACUGGCACCGAUGGUAACCCAACGGUCAUCAUCAAUGAAGGUGGCGUCUCCCAAACAGGCCCACAGAGCUCGAUCUUGACCCCAGGUAACAAUCUUCCAGGGGGAAGAGUCACCAUCACGGGAACCGAUGGGAAGCCUACUGUGGUAAUCGAUGCAGGCCACAUCUCUGGGGGAGAUGGAACUCCACCAACGGCCUCACAGGGCGCUCCUACAAUUCCUUCAUCUCAAGUUUAUGGCUCUGGUGACUCUGGAUACUCUUACCCACUCCCAGGAGGUCCCUCAUCGGCUGUGAUCACUGGAAGCAUCCCAAAAACCACGUUCACUGUCAUCGGAACAGAUGGUCUGCCUACCGUUGUUGAAUCAACUCUGGCAACCCCAGGCAAUGCCCCAUCAACUGGUAUUUUGCCCUUCCCUACCAAUCCUCCUUUACCUGGUUCAGCCUCUGGAAAUAGUGGCGGGAUUCCCACCUACUUCCCUUCCUCAGCUAUUGGCAGUGGAGACAUCCCUCAGACUACAUUCACUGUCAUUGGCACAGAUGGUCUCCCUACCAUCGUUACAUCACCUUUUGAUGUCCCAGGAACAGGUUCCGUGCCUUACCCAACCAAUCCCCCCAUUCCCGGGUGGCCAGCAUCUGGAUUUCCCGGGUGGCCUUCUGCAAGUUUGCCCCCUGCUGCUCCCCAAAGCGGAAUCACAACGCACUUCACCUUUACCUACAUUGGCGGAAACGGGCUGCCGACUCAGGUGGAGUCUACCGUUGUUCUCUCUCCAACGGACCAAGCUUCCAAUGGCGCAAUUCCAACCAUCCCGGUGCCUCGCCCAGGAUCGUCAGAUGACCUCCCUAGCAGCGAAGGCGUGACAACUUGUUACAGUUACACCGUACUCGGACCCAACGGGCUGCCUACUGUUGUUGAAUCGACGGUAGUAAUCCCUACUGCAGUCCCGGUUACGACUCCGCCACUUGGAUUACCGACUCAAUUUCCAUCUGGCCAAGGUGCUCCUCAGGGCUUCCCCACGGUUGGCGGGCUCACUUCUACUUUCAGUUACACGUUCACAGGAAUUGAUGGACGCCCCACAGUCCUGGAAACCACUAUCGUUGCAACACCAACCAACCCAGUACCGGGAUUUCCUGGGGGUGUGCCAGGGCCCGUGAUCACUCAAGGGGCAUUUGACAGCGGCGUCCCAGUAUCACCUUCGACUACCUGCACCACAUUAACUUUUAUCGGACCUGACGGGAUUCCAACAGUAACAAAAUCAACAUGGACGAUUGCUGCUCCCAUCCAAACCACCUCUGUUGUUGGUGGCGCUCCUGGAGCCCCAGGCCCUCUUCCAACUCUUGGCUGGCCUUGGCCAGCAACUGGAGCUUUGCCAUCUGCACUUCCUUCUGGCUUCCCAUCAGGUUUCCCCUCAGGUUACCCAUCAGGUUAUCCCUCCGGUUACCCAUCAGGUUAUCCCUCCGGUUACCCAUCAGGUUUCCCCUCAGGUUUCCCAUCAGGUUAUCCAUCAGGUUACCCAUCAGGUUUCCCCUCCGGUUACCCAUCAGGUCUGCCCUCCGGUUACCCAUCAGGUCUGCCCUCUGGCUACCCUUCAGGUCUGCCCUCUGGUUACCCUUCAGGUCUGCCCUCUGGUUACCCUUCAGGUUAUCCUUCCGGCUUCCCUUCGAUUCCCAACGGCCAAGGGGCUCCUAGCACUACUUGCACUAGUUUCACCGUCCUGGGACCUGAUGGACUCCCUACAGUUGUCGAAACAACCUGGACGGCACCUGGUGGCUUCCCUCAAGCAACAGGCAAUUCUCCCAAUCCUUUCCCAUGGAAUGUGCCUGUUAUCACGCCUGGCGCUCCCGGAAAUCCUCAACAAACUGGCCCUCUUGGCGUGCAGCCCACUAUUGCUAGCACAAUAUACACUCAGCUAGGAGCUGAUGGACGGCCCACGGUUGUUGAGACAACUUGGACGGAGCUUGGCCCCAUUGCCACUGGCAGCGGCAUUCCUGAAGGCCCCGGCGGCGCUGUAGCCCCCUUCCCAUGGAAUUUACCUGGUAUCACUCCUGGCGCUCCUGGAUACCCCCAACAAACUGGACCAUUUGGUGCAGGGGCUUCUACCACUUGUACGACAUUUACCCAACUAGGUGCUGACGGCUUGCCAACUGUUGUUGAUUUGACCUGGACUGUUCCAGCCCCUGCACAAACUACUAUCGGAGCACCUUCUGUUGUCUCAUCAGUUGCUGGCCUUCCCCAGGGCACAUCUCCACCCGGACCUGGAAUUUCGGCAGUCACGACUUCGUUUACCAUUGUGAACAUUGGUCCGAAUGGUCUGCCGACCCCGGUUGUUCAAACUGUUGUACUCACUCCUACUCCUGUUUCCACGGCUAAUGGUGCUGGCCUUCCCCAGGGCACAUCUCCACCCGGACCUGAAAUUUCAGCAGUUACGACUUCGUUUACCAUUGUGAACAUUGGUCCGAAUGGUCUACCGACCCCGGUUGUUCAAACUGUUGUACUCACUCCUGCUCCUGUUUCCACGGCCACUGGUGCUGGAAUUCCCUUUCCUCUGCCCUCCGGUCCAGUCAUUGAUACAGCGCAAAUCCAAACGCCUAGUUUAAGCGCUUAUGGGCCAGAACUUUCGGGAUUUCCCACGAUUGGUGUACCAUUCCCACCAAAUUUGCCCUCAAUCUUUAGCAACGGCCUUCCACCUCUCAUCACGGGUCCUUUGAGUGGCAUUUUGACUGGGCCGGGUGCAGGAACUCCCACACCUGUUUCCAAUCCUUUCGACCAGUCAUCGAAUCUAGGAAUUCCAGGAUUCCCGCUCACUCCUGGAGCUACCCCUCCAUCAUAUGGAAGUGAUCUGAAUGAUGGUGCUGUUCGUCCUGGCCCAUCAGGUCCUUUGCCCACGGAUGCAACUCUUUGGCCCUCUGCAGUUGCCUAUAACACCCCAUCUGUGGCCUCCCCAGUUUUAAGUCUGCCAUGCACAACCUUAAAAACCACUACUUGGGUUAAUAUCAUCCCGGAGCAGACGACAACCUAUACGCUCAACUAUCCAUUCACAACAUUGGCCGCUGUUACUUCUCCAGUUAAACUUAGGGGUUUCAGAAACAUUAUUCGACGACAAUUGAGCUCCGCAGGAAUUGAUUCCCAAUGGUCUAAUUCAAGCACACCAAUCCAAACACCGUCUGCGACAUCUCCAGUGUUACAGAGCCCAACACUAUGCUCUUCUGGGGGAAAUAUUGGCAACUAUACUCUUGAUUUUGAUGACAUCGAAGCCGGUCCAUUAUACAAUCCUGCGGGCGACUUCUGGUUCUCCCAGGGAUUUUCCGUCGUCCCCCCUUCUUCCCAGACGGGCGCUUACUCUCCUUCUUCUGGUGGCCAGCUCAUCGAAUUCGUCCCUCCUUCGUCAUUAGGAUCAAUUGGCAGUGGAUCCAGCGACACAGCAGAGAUUGGUGUUGGCCCCAACUUUGCAAUUCCUUGCUACAAAUUCAACAUUUACGGUCUUAAUCUAGGAUGUGCAGCUCAAAGUAGUGAGCAGUGGUGCGAAUUUGAGAUCGCCGCAUACGCAUAUGAUGAAAAUUCCAGAAGCGAACAAUCGUUGUCAUGGUCGGAGACGAAGCGCGUUCCAGCAUGCCCCAACUAUCCAACUGGCGUGUGCAGUUUGUCAUCUGUUGAUUUAGAUGGGUAUACGAACGUCACAUCUGUUUUGAUCAGUCUUCGAGUUGGGUUGGAGUCACGCACCUGGUGGGCUGACGAUCUUCGUGUUGGCUGGACAGACAAUAGCUGCGAAGCUGCUAGCUGUCGCGCUGAUUCUUCAUUUGCUGCCCAUAAGAGAUCUACCCAGAACUCUCUUCGUCGCAGACUCUGGGAACUUGCGUCUUCAAAGCACAGGCGCUCUCUUGGCAGACUUGGUGGGAAUGCUACGCAUUGA